UAAUUUCCCACUUCCCUUCCCUACCUACUCAUUACUCACAUCUCUACACAUUUCUCACGGACGCUUUUUCCAUGCCGCCGGUGCCUGAUCUUCCUGGCCUUCAGGUCGAGAACCUUCAAUUUCCGCCCGAAAUCAAACCUCCCGCCUCCUCUAAGACUCUGUUUCUCGGCGGUGCAGGAGUUAGGGCGUUGGAGAUCGGAGGAAAUACUGUGAAAUUUACUGCGAUCGGUGUUUAUUUGGAGGACAAAGCUGUGCCGUCGCUCGCCGGUAAGUGGAGUGGAAAGAGUGCGGCGGAGUUAAUGGAUUCCGUUGAGUUCUUCAGGGACGUUGUCACUGGGGGUUUCGAGAAGUUUACAAAUGUGACAUUGAUAUUGCCACUUACGGGUGAACAAUAUGCAAUGAAAGUGGCAGAGAAUUGUGAAGCAGCUUGGAAAUCCAUGGGAAUUUAUAGUGAUGAAGGAGCUGAAGCGAUUAAAAAAUUCAUCGAUGCCUUCAAGAACGAAAAUUUCCCUCCUGGCUCCUCCAUUCUUUUCACUCAUUUGCCUCCUAAUACUUUAUCGAUUAGCUUUUCAAAAGAUGGGAACAUUGGUGAAAAAGAAGAAGAGAUGGUGAGAAAAAUAGAGAACAAACUGCUUAGUGAAUCUGUGUUGGAGUCCAUUAUUGGGAAGAAUGGGGUUUCACCUGCUGCAAGGCUUAGUUUGGCUACAAGAUUAUCCCAUCUCCUCACUCAAUCUCAACCCAACACUCCCAACAUUUGCAAUCCUGUCCAGAAUCCAAAUUCCAAACCACAUCUCAACAAUUAAUCAUAUCAUAUCAUAUCAUCCAUUUUCUAUCUCAAAUAUUUAAUAACUUUUAUUUUGUAUGAUAACUGCAUUCCAAGACUACUUCUCCUUUUAGGUUGUUUUCUUGAUAAAUUGCUGUAAUAACUAAAUUAAUUAUAAUUUUGUCGUUUGUUCUUCUUUAUUGUUAUUCAAGUUUUAAUUCUACUCUACUAUUUGGUUUUGGUUCA